UAAACUUUUUUGCUGCCAAACCAAACCCUUCUCAGUUCGCACUUCUCUCUGUCAACGACAAACGGCCAAACCCUGAUUCUAACAGGGAGAAACCAUGCUCCACUUCUUUCAAACUUACCGGAACCUCAUUCUUCAGGCCAUCCUCUCUCUUUCCUUCACAUUACUUUCGACCUCCCUCAAGCUCCCCAUCUUCUUCCUUCGGGGUCUCCAUACUUAUGUCCACCCGGAGAAUCUCGCUCACAACACUUCACAACAUGGCUUAAGAGCCGCCAUUCGCAGACCUUCCGCCACCGAUUCAACUCCUGGCCUCGAACCCUAUAAAAAUUUGUCCUCAAAACCCAACACCGAUCUCAAGAGAAGGAACAAAUCCAAAGAAAAGUUCGACUUCGACGAGAACAACGCCCAGAUCUUCAGGAUAACGCUCGAUCAGCCUCACCUUCAAUCUCGUCUCUAUUUCAAGGACUAUCACGAUUGCUUCAUUUUCUCGCUGGUGGCUUUUUCCUGUUUCUUGCUCCACCAGUAUCUAGGCGUAUCUCAGGACCAUGGGAGCUUGGCAAAUGGGUCUUUCGUUCCGGUUAUCUUUGCACUUGUUGGUUUGUGCAAAGUAUUUAUUUCACUAACAAAGUUGUCGCUUGAGAAGUCCGCGUCGAAAUCGUCUGAGAAGCAAUUGAGCAUGCUUUUUGGGGUUCUGGGGUUCGUUUUUGGAAUCACGAUUUGCUUUCGGAUCUUCCCUUUUGGUAUCGAUUUCAAAUUGGGUUUAAUUGAUGGGCUGUGGAGCAUUUUCGUUUCCUCUUUUAUGGGCUGCAUUGCAGGUUUCCUAUACAUGCCUGCGGGGAAGAAUGCCCGGUCGUUUUGGCUUGGAACAGAUCAAAUUAGGUCUAACUUGUCGAUAAUUUCUUGUGGGUGGUUCUCUAGAAUGAUUCUUUAUGCCAACUACAUCGUUGUUGUUUUUACGGCAAUGCUUUGGAUUAAUCCCUUCGCUGACAUUCUUGUUAACAAGAACAUUAAUGGCGGGAAAGAUGUAAAUGGCACAAAUGGUGCUGAGAAGUUGGUUGGCAAUGUGGGAUUGUCGCCACUGGAUUUUGGUAAAGUAAGGCUCUGUUGCUUGUUGAUGUCGGGUUUCUUGCAAAUUGCAGCUUUACGCCCGAAUUUGCAAAUGUUUUUGAAUGAAGCAGUGCUAUCCUGGUACCAGAGACUCCAUGCCAGCAAGGUCCCUGAUUUGGACUUUAGCAGAGCAAAGGUUUUUCUGCACAAUCACUACUUAUGUCUUGCGAUUUGCCAGUUCUUUGCGCCACCACUCUUGUUAUUUCUCUUCCUUGGCUUAUCUCAGCUUGCUACACCUACGAAUUUGUAAGCAAUAGUGUGACCGAGUCAACAGUUGAAAGGCUCACAGACGAUAUUAUCCAAUCGUAUUUUGGUACAAGAAAAGUUUAUACUUUCAUGUUUUUGAGUAUCCAACUGUUACUAUAGCGACAUUACCUCGCUAAACAUUACAUAAUGUUUCUGCAGAUAGUUUGUUUGGUUCCAUGAUUAUUAAGUAGACUGACUCUUGAACCUGAAUGAAUUUGGUUUCCAAGCUCUGAUCUCCUGUGUAUAUAUGUGUAUAGUUUGGUGGGUGAGUUUCUGAAAUUGGCUAUUACUUAAUCAUCUUAGGGAACAAGGGGGGACUUGUUUCUUUCAUGUACUCGAUUCUAUAUUUUAUUUCUUUAUUCUUUGGCAAAUGUAUCUGUCGUCCGUUGAUCAACUCAACGACCUUGUAAUAUCUUAAAUUCAACUUGAGUAAAA